AUGGCACCAAUUGGAAUUGCAAUCCUCGGCUCCGGCAACUUCGUCCGCAACCAGCACAAGCCCGCAGUCGAAGCCUGCUCAAACCUCUCCCUCAAAGCCGUCUACUCGCGCAGUAAAGCCUCCGCCAGCGCCCUCUUCGCGGAGAGCAGCAAUGUCGACAUCUACAGCGACGACUCAGGCGCCGGUCAUGAUUUGGACGCUCUAUUGGCGCGGGAGGAUAUCCACGCUGUUAUCAUUGCACUCCCAAUUCCCCUCCAGCCAGAAAUCAUCAAAAAGUGUCUCCUAGCGUCCAAACACGUUCUCUCCGAGAAGCCCGUCGCUCCCACCCGCGCUAUCGCCCUCGAACUCAUCGCCUGGCGUCACGCCAACAUCCCCGCCAGCACACACUGGGGCGUCGCCGAGAACAUGCGGUUCCAGAACGGAUGGCGAUACGCCGCCGAUACAAUCCGCACGCUCGGCCGCGUGCUCAACUUCCGCGUCGAGACGGGCAACAUGAUUGCCCCCGGCGGGGCCACCUUCGAGACCACGUGGCGCAAGACACCGGCGUACCAAGGUGGCUACUUACUUGACGGCGGGGUGCACUACACGGCCAUUAUUCAGAUCAUGCUGGGUGAUGAUCGGGUCGAUAGGGUUGCGGCGUUCACGACUAGACUGCAGGAACAUCUGCCGCCGUUAGAUACGGUCGAUGCAGUAUGGCGGACGAAGGCGGGGGUGCAGGGGACGUUUUCGUGUAGCUUUGGGACGUCGGUGAAGAAGUUCGACUAUGUGGUUGUGUGUGAGAAGGGGGUGGUGACGGCUACGUGGGGUAAGGUGACGGUGCAGAGGGGGGCGGAGGUCGAGGUCAAGGAGUUCCCAGAGGACGGGAGCGGGGUGAAGCAGGAGGUGGCGGCGUUCGCAGAGGCGAUUGCGAAGGGGGCUGCGGAUGAGAGGCAGGCGCCGGAAUUGGCGUAUAGGGAUUUGGAUAUUAUUGAAACCAUGUUGAGAUCUGGUGAGCAGGACGGUGCGACGUUGAAGAUUAGUGGAGAGUUUUCCUAG